AUGAAGUAUCAACGCCUUGCCUCCCUGGGCCUUGCUGCCCUGAGUGUUUCGGGAUCCGUCUCUGCAAGCCCUCUCAUUCGACAUGAGGGCCAGUCGGUGUGUCCUUCAGGAUACACACAGAGUGUAUACUAUGUGACUGUUACUGCUAGUUCCACUCCGGCGUCGACUGUAUCCGUUGAGCCAACUACAACCCUGGAGUCCUCGUCAACCGUCACGGAGACCACAGUCAUCACCCCGGAGAUUCCAGUCCAAUCUCCUACAUCCACCCCGGUUGAGACUCCUGCUCCGGUGGAACCCAGCGCUCCUAUCGAGCCUACCACUUCAUCAUCCACCACCGAGACACCCGUGGUGGCCCCAACCAUUGCUACACCCUCCACCACCAUUGAAGCCCAGCCUACAGAAGUAGUUGCCGAGCCUUCUACUUCAUCCUCUUCCACCGAAGAGCCCGCAGCAGCCCCAACCGUUGCUACAACAUCCUCCACCACGGCUGAUGCCCAGCCCACCGAAGUAGUCGCCGAGCCUUCUACUUCAUCCUCCCCCGCUGCUGAUAUCCAACCCACAACCGCCGUCGCUGCCCCUACAACCAAGCAGCAGAAGCAAUCAACCACCAGCACGGCCGCCCCAGCCGCCUCCACCUCUUCAUCCACCGGCUCCUCAGCCAGUAGCAGCAGCAGCAGCAGCAGCAGCGCAUCCAACUCCGGCGAAGCCACCUUCUACGGCGGCAACAUCUCCGGCGGCGCAUGCUCGUUCACGGGCUACACACUGCCAUCCAACCUCUUCGGCACCGCACUCGGCUCCCCACGCUGGGACAACGCGGCCGAAUGUGGCGCCUGCGUUGCCGUAACAGGCCCUAAUGGAAACACCAUCAAGGCCAUGAUCGUCGACAAAUGCCCCGAAUGCGACUCCAACCACCUCGACCUGUUCCAGUCCGCCUUCGCCGAGCUAGCCGACAUCUCCAAGGGCGUCAUCGACAUCAACUGGUCGUACGUCUCCUGCGACAUCGACUCGCCCCUGAAACUCAAGAACAAGGAGGGUACCUCCGCGUACUGGUUCUCGAUGCAGGUCGUCAAUGCCAAUGAGGCUGUUACCUCGCUGGAGGUUAGUACGGACGGUGGAAGCACCUGGCAGAGCACGACCCGCUCGGACUAUAACUACUUCGAGAAUAGUUCGGGAUUCGGGACGGAGACGGUUGAUGUGAGGGUUACGGGGAAGAGUGGCAAGGUUGUCACGGUUAAGAAUGUGGGUGUUUCUUCGGGCACGGAGGUUACUGCGUCUGGAAAUGUUUAG